AUAAAUUGCGACAAAUUUUUUUCACAGAAAUAUACUUUCAACUUAUAUGAAUGGAACUAGUUCAACUACUGCCAUGCUAUUUUGAGUAUUUGCGAUAUAAUCAAAGCUAGUUUAUUUAAAGAUAUAUUAUAUUAACAUUGAAUUGUAGCUAGUGGUAUUCCUUUAUGUAUUAAUUAUUGAAAGCAGUGGUACACAAUGUGUAUGCAUAUGCUAUCAGGUGAAUCGAUUAUAUGUUAUAAACUGGAAAGGCCAAAGAAGUGUGAUGUGAGAAAAAGAACGGGGAAGGAUAGAAAUGAUAGAAAUAGAGAAAAUUAAUGACAUAAAGAAGCACUAAAUGGUGGAAAGGUGAGAAGAAAAGGUACAUGAAGUAUAUAUAGACAGUGCAGACAGUAUAUAGGAGAGUAGAGGUAGAUGAGGAACGUAAAAAAAGGUGAAUAUCAAGCAAGGAAGCGGUAUAAAAACAAGGAAAUAAUAAAGAUACAUAACAGUUUGAUAACCUGAGCGAUAAAAAGAAGAACGAUGGAAGCAGAAAAGGUUGAUCUCGGCGACGGAGUAGUAAUUGAGGUGGUGACAACAGCAUGGAACACGGUGCAGGAUCAUUGGAGGAACCAUGCGUGCUUCUGGAACAUUCUGGAAGCUGCAGUGCCAGUAGUGUUCCACGAGAAAUUCAUGAGGAGUCCAGAUGUGCCUUCUACAAUACUGGAGACAUUUAACAAGGAAAGCUAUCAUCAUGGAGAAUGCCUGAUUUUCUCGGGGAGAAGACGAGGCAUCUGUGCUUUCCAGUGGAUCCAAGUAUAAUAUGAGUCGCUCCUUCGUGGAUAUGGCCACCAGCAUCCAGUGGUCACCAGUAGGAUUCCAUGGGUCCAGAAUCACUGAAGCAGCACUGAUGCUGCAGUCUGCCCAGAGCAUUCCAGUUGGCUGACCCCUCGCUCGCGGACGCGCGUGAGUUCUACUCGCUCUACGACCACGCGUCAGACUACGCCGAGCUCGCGUGCGACUCCAGCCUGCUCUACAAGCUGCUCACGUUCUUCGAGUCGGACUUUGAGCGCAAGUCGAAGAUGCACAAGCGGCGCGUCAACGCGCUGCGUGGAGUGCUCGGCGAGCUCAACCCGCGCCACUACCUGCUCGUCUGCCGGCAGCUGACGUACGAGAUCGCCGAGGCGUACGGCGAGAUGCUCGACAUCAAGAUGGCGAUCGUCGAGGAGCAGCAGACGACGCCGUCGCCGCACGCCGUCAGGAAGAUCAACCUGCUCUGCGCCAAGUGCAUUCGCAAUUUCGAAUUGUUCCUCGACUCGUUAGGACGGCGAACUGCGAGAUGCCAUAACAGUUUGACAAUGAUAAUAUUCGUCCGGUGCUGAUAGCUUACUUCUACAUGGGCCGCAUGCAUUCGAAAGUCAUCAAUUCCAAUGUUCACAGAAGGAUAGAGUGUAUUCAGAAGAGCACUGAUUGCUAUCAGUUAUUAGUUAGUUAUUGUGAAUAGUAACCAGACAUUGAUACGAGUGGAUUGUUUUUGUCCUGUCGAUUUUAAAAUAAUUAUCACAUCGCCGAUAUUUGUUAAUGGUUUGUUUUUUGUCGUUAGUAAUUUUGUUAGUUGUUACGGAGAGAGUGAACUCAAUAAAAUGCGUGGUUAUUUGCCUGUGGGAAGGAUUAAAAAAAAAACCUAAACGCGUUUUGUUCUAGCGCGAAAUGUUCCCUUUUGAAAUUGUUUUAAAAACAAGUACUAAUCUUCGGUGUUGUGCGGUUUGGAUCUACUGUUUAUAACUCGUCACUGUAGCUUAAUAUUAGUUAGGGGGUGGUAAAACUAUAGGCGCAGUUUUAUUAUUACAAAUAUCUCGUAUAAUU